AUGGAGGAGCCGCAGAACCAGCGCGACCGGCGUGUCGAGGACCUCUGGAAGAAGCUCGACCCUGCGGGGCACGGAGAGCUCGACUUCAAGGGACUUCAGAAGGGGCUAAGACGAAUCGACCACCCCCUCAAGAAUGCCGACCACAUGCUGAAGGCCAUCAUUGGCCUUGUCGAUACCAGCGGCGACGGGAAGAUCCAGUAUGAAGUCGGCCUUCAGCGCGCCGGCUUGUCGGUACCAAACAGGAGACUGUCCGGCUUCUUCAACGAGAUCGACCUGAAUCGCGAUGGGUACAUUACCUUUGACGAGUGGCGCAAUCACGACGGGUCGCCAUUGGAGGCUGCGCUCUCGUUUUAUUCUUCUAUUGUUAUGGUGAAUCCAGAGGGCGAUUCACUAGUCAGCGAUGAUACACUGGAGGGCUUAGGUACGGUCGGCUUCCUUCUUCAAACUCUUUUUGGUUCGCUCCUCAGACUUGCCAACCCGGACCUGGCUCUCUCCCCGCGGCGCCCCGCCGAUGCAGGCAGGAUCUUCGAUUCGCAGCCGCCCGAGUUCCCUUACGCCGAGCAAAUCUCGAGCUUACCGACAGAAAUGGCGGCCUCUGCUGCAACCAUCCGCUACGGCCCUGUCGUCGCCGUCACCCCGCAAGUCUUGACCGACGCGGCAGUCAAGCGACCCAUCCUGCAGUACGAGGGUGCGCAGCAGUCUGGCGCCCAGGACAUUGCAGAGGUUAUCGAGGAGGAUGCGGAGGACGUUACAUCCAGGCUGACAGAUCUGCUGCCUGAACCAGGAUAUUUCCUCGCCGGUGCCGUUUCGGGUGGUGUCUCGCGGACUGCUACGGCGCCGCUGGACCGUUUGAAGGUCUACCUCCUCGUCAACACAAAUACGAAAGCCAAUAUCGCCGCGGCUGCUGCGAAGCAGGGCCGCCCGCUUGCGGCCCUGCGCAGCGCCGGUGGGCCCAUCAUCGACGCCGUGGUCAGCCUCUGGAAGGCUGGUGGGAUGAAAACCUUCUUUGCGGGGAACGGUCUCAACGUCGUCAAGAUCAUGCCAGAGUCUGCCAUCAGGUUUGGCUCAUACGAAGCGUCCAAACGCUUCCUCGCAGCAUACGAGGGCCACAACGAUCCAACCCAAAUCAGCACCGUCUCGAAAUUUGUUGCCGGUGGCAUCGGCGGCAUGACGGCUCAGUUCUGCGUGUACCCGAUCGACACACUCAAGUUCCGACUACAGUGUGAGACUGUCCAGGGUGGACCGCAGGGCAACGCCCUACUACUCCGCACCGCAAAGAACAUGUGGGCAGACGGUGGUUUGCGCUCAGCAUACCGCGGCCUUGGCGCCGGCUUGGUCGGCAUGUUCCCCUACAGCGCCAUCGACAUCGGCACCUUUGAGAUGCUCAAGAAGUCCUAUACACGAGCCGUGGCGCGAUACUACGGCAUCCAUGAAGACGACGCGCAGAUAGGAAAUGUCGCAACCGCGGUUCUGGGCGCAUCAUCAGGCGCGCUGGGUGCGACCAUCGUCUACCCGCUCAACGUCCUUCGGACCCGAUUGCAGACCCAAGGCACCGCCAUGCACCCACCCACAUACACGGGUAUCGUCGAUGUGGCAACCAAGACCUUCCGUAACGAAGGAGUGCGCGGGCUAUACAAGGGCUUGACACCCAAUCUCCUCAAAGUCGCCCCCGCCCUGAGCAUUACUUGGGUGUGCUACGAGAAUAUGAAGAGCAUUCUCAGUCUCAACUAA